AUGUCACACGAGCACGGAGGCCCAGGUGCUCCUGGUGAAGAUGACUCCAGCAGUACUGGUCUUUCUGGUAUGGGCGUGAGGUUGGUGGAGCAGACUUCCUUGGAGCAGAAGAUUCAAGCCAAUGCCACCAAGCUCUUCAAGGAGAAAGAGAUUGAAAGCGACCACAAGCGGCUCGAAAAGGCGAGAAACACUGUAACGAGGAUCAGAAAUGAGAUAUCAAAGUUGAAAGACCGUGUUAAUCAUCCACGGACGAGGAUUUCUCAGAAAAUGGAGCUGAAAGAGCGUAUUCGCUCCAUGACAGAGGAGCAACUGAAAGAGGCCUUACAGGAUGUGAGGGAUAUUGAAGGACGGUUAAGGCGAAACAUGACUGCUGGCGGUGAGCUGAAGAGCGAAGAGGGAAUGGCUGGUAGACUGCCGAAUGAAUCAGAGAAAGAUUUCCUGAUUCGAACGGGUAAGAUCACAGCGUUUGGUAACUCCAGUGGGUUUGUCGUUGAGGAUGAGGAUAGAGAAGCCCGUGACAAUGGCUAUGAAGCAGAAGCUUCACACCAGAACUUGAAAACACCUGGAUUAUCGAACGUAAGCGGAGCCGUAAGGAAAAGGGCGAAUGAUGAGGACGUUGACUAUACAGAAGUCAGUUCUGAUACCGAGACUGAUGAAGAAUUCCAGACCAAAAGGCCGAAACUACUAACUGAUGAUGAAAUCAGAAACGUGGAUGACGGGGUAGAGUCCUUUUAUCAAGAUCGUCUGAACACAUGGAUUCAUAAGAGAUCCAAAUUGAGAGGACCAGAUAACGACGACAAGACACCAGAAUGGCGUAAACCUCAUCCAACACACCCUGAUGCUUCUCUUCAUCACGAUUUCAAGAUCCCAGGUGAUAUAUACCCGUCUCUCUUUGACUACCAAAAGACAGGCGUGCAGUGGCUAUACGAGCUUUACCAACAAGAGCACGGUGGGAUAAUAAGUGAUGAGAUGGGACUGGGGAAAACCAUACAGAUCAUUGCCUUCAUUGCAGGGUUGCACUAUUCAGUAAUGCUUGACAAGCCUGUCCUGAUAGUUUGCCCUGCAACCGUGAUGACACAGUGGGUCAACGAGUUCCAUACUUGGUGGCCACCUCUCAGAACGAUGGUGCUUCAUUCUAUCGGUUCUGGAAUGAGUGGGAAGACAGGGACGGAAGAGGAGCUGGAGAAUCUGAUUACUUCAAUGGAAGACGAAGACGAAGAUACUGGUGUUAAAAGAACACUAAGCUCUAUCAAAUCUGAAUCUAACGCUAAGGCCAUUAUGGAGAAGCUCAUCGAAAAGGGACACGUUCUCAUCACAAGCUAUGUCGGGUUAAGGAUCUACGAAGAGCACCUCCUGAAGGUGAAUUGGGGAUACGUUGUCUUAGAUGAAGGCCAUAAAAUCAAGAAUCCAAACUCAAACAUCACAAUAUUGAGUAAAAGAUUGAAAACACAUAACAGGGUCAUUCUUUCAGGAACACCAAUCCAAAAUAACCUAGUGGAACUUUGGUCUUUGUUUGAUUUCAUAUUCCCUGGGAGAUUGGGCACUUUACCAAUAUUCGAAGAGGAGUUUGAAGAGCCCAUAAAGAGAGGUGGAUAUGCUAAUGCAAGCAACAUGGAGGUGAAAAUCGGAUACCAAAAGGCUGUGAUAUUGAAGGAUCUCAUCCAACCCUUCUUGUUGAGAAGAAUGAAAGUGGAUGUGGCAAGAGACCUGCCAUCUAAGCAGGAGUACGUGCUCAUGUGUCGCUUGACAAAGUACCAACGAGAACGGUACGUUGAAUUCUUACGCUCAAGGGAGUUCAAAGCCAAUUCAUACCUGGGGGCCAUUGAUACGCUGAGGAAGAUAUGCAACCACCCAGAUUUAGCUGAUGCCAAAUUCAAGGAGUCAGAUCCACGAUACGGCGACCCAGCACGUUCAGGGAAGCUCCAAGUAAUCAAGUCGCUGCUGCCGUUGUGGAGAAAGCAACACCACAAGGUCUUACUCUUUACUCAGACAAAACAGAUGAUGACCAUCUUGGAGAAGUUUUUGCAAUCCUCAAUGGGCCCAGACUAUAGAUAUAUGAAAAUGAGUGGUGAAACCAACAUUGGAAAGAGACAGGAUAUGAUUUAUUCCUUCAACAAUGAGCCUUAUGAUCUUUUCUUGCUGACGACGAAAGUUGGUGGUCUUGGUGUUAACUUGACAGGGGCUGACAGAGUCAUAAUAUUCGAUCCAGACUGGAAUCCCUCGACUGAUUUACAAGCUCGUGAGCGUGCCUGGAGACUGGGACAGAAGAAAGAGGUGUUGAUUUAUAGAUUGGUCAUUGGUGGCUCUAUUGAGGAGAAAAUCUACCAUCGUCAAAUCUUCAAGCAGCUCUUAACUGACAAGAUCUUGAAGGAUCCGAAUCAGAAACGGUUCUUCAAGAACAGUGAACUUCAUGACCUCUUCACUUUAUCAGAUUUUGACGAGGGUGAUGGCUUCACCAUAGAGAAACCGAAGAACAACAAGGACGGCGACGAUUUGGCUAAGAUUACAGAAAUAGAAGGAGUGAGCAAGCUGGAAGCGUUCAAAGAGCAGCAGAAGAAAGAGACAGAGGAUGACAGGCUCAUGGGUGGGCUGUUGAACAAUAACAUCAUAGCUCAAACCAUGAAACACGAUGCUGUUGUUGACCAGCAUUCUAAACCAAAGAACGACAUGGCUGAUGUUGAGGCUCUUCAGGCAGCUCACAAGGCCCUUGAGGCUUUGAAACAGUCCAGAAGACAAGUGAAGAAAGCUGGCGUGGGCAUCCCUACUUUCACAGGUAAAGUGGGACUUGCUGGUAAGAAGGCCACUUUAUCCAAGCUUGGUGCAAAGUCUUCUUCAUCAAUCUUGUCAAACUUGAAAAAGCUCAAGGAACCUCAGCUUGGACCCUCUGGUCAUACCAAGACAAUAGGUGAUAUGAGGUUGUACCUUGAGAAACAGCCCAACCGUUUUGCCAAAUCCGGUGACAUUUUGAAGGCUUGUAACGUCGAUAUAAAGAAGAAGAAGGAUUUGACCAUGAUCCGUACAAUGCUCAAGGGCAUUGCAAACUGGGACUCACAGAGAUCUGGCUGGGUGUUAAAGGACGACUUCUAA